UCUCCACCGUGCUGAAGUCGGUGUAGAUGUGCUGCGUGCAGUCCGCGGUCCUAAUGAACGUCUUGUAGUUGGUGAAGGCCAGUUCUCGGGUCUGCUGCAGGAUCUGCGCCCGCUCCUCCGCGAGACGCUCCGGCUCCCGGUUCAACUCGUCCACACCGCACGAGCACAGCUGCGACAAAUAGGCCGCGAAGUCCGACUUCUCUCUCCAGUUCUCGGGAAAGCUGUCUUUAAAGAUCGAGGCCAGGAUACUCUCUUCUUCCACGUCUACGGCAGCCAUGAUCGAACGCUUUACGUAAACGGCACGACGUCACUUGUGUGCGACGGACUGAACUCAACCCACGUGGCUGCGAGAGCUGCAGUGUUUUUCGAGCUUCUUUAGCAAGAACAGAAUUAUAUUCAUCAUGCGUCCGUUAACAGACGAAGAGACAAAAACGAUGUUUGAGAAACUCUCUAAAUACAUUGGGGAGAACAUCAAACUUCUUAUUGAUCGGCCAGAUGGGACUUAUUGUUUCAGACUUCAUAAUGAUCGAGUAUAUUAUAUGAGUGAAAAAAUUCUGAAGUUGGCUACAAAUAUCUCCAGAGAUAAACUUGCAUCACUUCUCACGAUUUAUUCAGUGAUCUUGUAUGGUGCUCUCACCAUCUUGAUCUCUCUUCAGGGCUUUGGAGUGGCAGCGAAGACCACACAGGAGUGUAGGAAGGUCGACCCCAUGUCCAUAGUGGUUUUCCAUCAGGCUGAUAUCGGCGAGUACAUCAGAAGUGAAGACACACUCACAUAAGAAGAUAUAUUAUCUCCAGAGCUCAUGGACAGUUCAUUAAAUUCUUUUGACUGGAUGUUCUUUUACACAAGUCUGACAGACUUUCACAUUUCAAAGCAGUUUUCAGUGUUUAAACAAUAUAUGUCGUAUGUGACUAAAUUCAUUGACUAUUAAUGCAUCAAAGAAAUACAAAAAAAGUACAACUUCAAGGUUAUGAAAUAACUGUAUUUUUGGGGAAUUUAUGAAUUACUUUUUGAUUUUUUUAAAAUGAUACAGAGCAGCUGAGGAGUACCAUACCAAACAGGAUACAAAACCAGAUCAAACCAGACCAAUCUUAUACAAAGUAGUUAAAAAAUAAACAUUUAGUAACAAAG